UACAACUCAAGUACUUACUUCACUUCUUCAUAAAGAAAGAACAAAAUGCGUCGAACGAAGAGCAGAGGUUUCAUCUACUUCUCUUUUGUCGCUGUUGCAACUAGCUGCGAUUUUGUCUCUUGUUCUAGAGCUCCUGUUGUGGAGCACGAACACGAUCAUGGUGCUGCAAGUAGCAGGGUCGUGAAUCCUAACACGUUGAAUCUGAACAUAUUGAACAUCACGACUAACUCGACGGAGACGACGUCGGAAUCGGAAAAUGAUCAACUAAUGAAGCUGAUGAAGAAGAAUCAACGACUAAAAGCGGACCUUUUGCACCUAGUCAGCGAGGCUCAAAGCGCUGUCUCUUUGGCAGCCUCGCUAGCGUACUCUGUGUGCCGUCAUUGUGUUGUGCCAAGGUUUCGAAGAGGAUGGCGAAGAUUGUGGAGAAGGACAAGAACGAAAGAGAAUCAUCGAGAUCAUGGAGGAGGAGGACUACUCCGAACCGCAGAUCUUUCUGGUGAAACCUUACUUUUAACCGGCGUCACUGCGGGCAUCGGCCUAGCUGCCUUGAAGGAUAUACUGCAGCAAGAAAAACCACCAGCCCAUCUCCUGAUAUUACAACGUGAAACACCGCCUAGUACUAGUAGAGUGAAGCCUAUGUUGGCUCCUAAGGCUAUUUUUAAAAAGAGCAGCAGUUCUUGUGGAGGUGCUGGUUUUUGUGUUGAUGAAGGAAGAAAUACAAGAAGCUACUUUUCCUCUGCCUCAACAUCUCAAGAGGAAUACCGUGAAUACCAUGACUUAAUCCGAAAAGCACAGCAACUGGCAACGUCGCACUCUCAGUCGCGUAAAGGAUCCGGAAGAGGUGGAAGGUGGACUGUGGCUAGCGGGACAGCAACACCGAGAACGAAGAUCCAUGUCUUCCAGGUUGAUUUGUCACAACCCUCUCAAGUUAUCGACGUUGCGGAGAAAAUUCAGAGAUUUUUGGACCAGAACGGCUUGACGCUGGACCGAAUCAUGUUGAAUGCAGGAGUUUGGUUGCCAGGUGGUGGUGGAGGUGGACGAGGAAAGCUACUAGGCGGGUUCGACGGGCUUUCUUCCUGUGGGGGUGGCGGGUCUACGUCUACGACUUCUCCUAGGACAAGUAUGGGAGCGGAACAGCAUUCAUCGUCCUUAGAGCCGCACUUUGUAACGAAUUUUCUCGCCAAUGCUAUCUUACUGCAAAUGUUGGUGGUAAAGCCUCACUUAGCUGGAAGUGCUGGUGCAAGAACUGGCGGAGGUAGUCCUUCUAGUAGUAGUUCUUCGACGAGCCCGAGCAGUAUUCCAGUAUGUGGCGUGUCUCGACCUACAAGCGGUAGUACUGGAAAUACCAAGCCCAACAAGAUCCCGACAGUUGUUGUUACAGGAUCCUUUACGGCGUUUGAUCUUGUUCCCCGUUGUGCUGGAGGGAGUACGCCACCCACUUCCAGUGGAACAACUGGAAAUGCUGCCACGACAUCGCGGAUAGAAGAUCAAGAUCAAGACGAAGAUCAUGCACCCUCACCGUCUUCAUCUUCAUCUUUGAGAACAACAACAACACGUACACGACGACUUCAAUGCGACGACCUCCAGCUCCAUUUCAGUUCGAGAGACCGAUUUGGAGUUCCCAAUGCGAUUGCCUAUGGGCAUUCGAAAUUGCUUUUGCAUGCGCAUAUGGCAGGACUCAGUCUAGCACAUCCGGAGAUGAAGGACCUUUUAUUCGUCGCAGACCCUGGUGUGGUCAACACUGGACUUCAUAACACAUUCAAAAGGGCUUUGGCUUUGUGCACUGGUGGUUGUACAAAUGCAGCCAAAGCUGUUCCACAAGAAGGAGAUGUCGCCCAGCGUCAAACAAAAAAGAUGACCUCGACGUCUUCAAAGCUGUUUUCUGCUUGCCCAAAAUUAACAUUACCGUCUUCGUUUUGCUUGGGCGAGCUAGGGCUACUUGGAGAUACUGCCACCUCUUGCUCAAUGUCCUCCUUCAGAGAGAAGCGCAUCGAGGUUCUGUAUUCCUGCCUAUCAAAGUUACAAAUCCUCCGAGAGCCGGAGGAUGGAUGUAGACCGAUUCUGCAUUGCCUGUAUCAACAGAGAAGCGGAACAGGUGGCAAUUAUUGCAACCUGCAGCAGUCAACUUCUCCUUCAAGUAGUUCAACUCCUACUUUAGUUGCCGACGUACAAGCCUCCAGCUCCAGCGCGUCCUUCUUCGAUACCAACAGCAAGAACUGCAACAUGAUUCGUUACAUGGAUUGUGGUAAAUUUGGGAAACUGUCGUGCUGGAAGAAGAGCUCUGACCAAGAAGAACGGGAACAAAGUCUCGACCUCUUACAAGAAGAUGAAGAUUGCGAAUUCUCACCUAUCCACCGGUUCCCUGGUAGCGACACGCCGUGGUCUGGGCCUGCAGUGUGUGGCGAUCUCGAGGACACAGAAAUAUGUCAAAAAAUAUAUUUGAAUGUCAAUCAAAUUAUCGAGAAAAUGCGUGUGGAAAGAAAAGAAAAUGAAACUCUGAGUGCGACUGGGUCAUCGGGGAUCACUAAAACUAGGAGCAACAGCAGAACCUAAACCACACAUCCGUGAUGAUCGUUUCGCUUUGUCCUCGUUAGACUACUUCUAGCACAUGAUGAUCGUCCUACAAGAAUCGUAUGACUUUUUCUUCUUUAUUAAUUUUUAAUACCGCAGAAGGAGAAGUAGUUGUUCUUGGCGGGCAUAUGUGCUCUACUUGUAGUCGUUGGCAUGCUUCGAUCGCGAAGAACAACAUGGUCUAACUUCUCUUUUCUCUACUUGUGAUGAGACUGAUACCACCAAGGCACCUGGCACCAAAAACGAAAAUAACAAGAAGAUACAAUCACAAUUUUUCUUUUUGUGGACAUCGAUG